AUGGUAUCACAGAUGAGACGUCCUCAGACGACGACUUUGGACCUACGCUCCCCUUCCUCGGCCCCUAAGAAGAAAAAGCGCAAGCUACCUUAUGAAAAACUCUACGUCGCAGCCUUACCGACCUCUAACCGCUACUUCAAAUCACUGAUGCACCGCGAACAAUUGUGCUAUACUACUUUUACACCACUCACCGACUUUCUGGUCACAAGUUCAAUCGAUGGCGUUGUCAAAUUCUGGAAGAAGGAUUUCGGAGGGGUUGAGUUUGUGAAAGAAUUCCGGGCCCACGAUGGCGAGAUACGGUCUGUGAGCGUCAGUGCGGACGGUCGCAGCUUUGCAACCUGCGGAACGGAUAAAUCAGUCAAGAUAUUCGAUGUAGUUACAUUCGACCUGCUGGCAAUGUUGAGCUUGAGUUAUACCCCAAAGACUGUCUGCUGGGUGCAUGGAAGGGGCGCGUCAUUCCCGCAGCUGGCCGUAUCUUCCGAAGAGAAUUCCUGGAUACGUAUCUACGACGGCAGAGGAGAAAAUUUGGAGCCCUUGCAUACCUUGAAAAGCGUACAUAAGGCGCCUGUCGCUCUGAUGGUUUAUAACAGCCAAUUUGAUUGCGUGGUGUCCGUCGACCAGGGCGGCAUGGUAGAGUACUGGCAGCCGAGCGGCAACUUCGAAAAACCGGACAACGUAUUCUCUAUGAAAAGCUCUACGAACUUAUUUGAGUUCAAAAAGGCAAAAUCUGUGCCUGUGUCACUCACAAUGUCGCCCACUGGGAAACAAUUUGCCGCACUCUCGUUCCCAGACCGCAAAAUACGUAUCUUCGACUUCGAAACAGGAAAACUCCACCGGACAUAUGACGAAUCGAUCCAAACUAUACAAGAGAUGCAACAAGCCGGGACCGCCGUGCAACAUCUUGAAGACAUCGAGUUCGGCCGAAGGCUUGGGAUAGAGCGUGAUCUAGACCAACCUUCUGUGCGAUCCCGUAUGAACGUUGUCUUUGACGAGACUGGUCAUUUUAUAUUAUACGGCUCAAUGUACGGCGUCAAAGUUCUCAACACCACAACCAAUCGCAUAGUGAAGCUUUACGGGCAAGAAGAACCAUUUCGGCCACUGUGGUUAUCUCUGUACCAGGGCCAGCCCGAGAAGAAAGGUGUAGUCACUGUGGAAAUGGCAGCCAGCGAGAAUCCACUGCUACAAGAAGCUGAAGCCCGCGACGCGAUGCUGGCCUCUACGGGUUCAGGAAAGGUCCGCUUUUAUAUGUUUACGAACGAUAACACCGUAGCCAAGUCUGAGCGGGAUGUGCAAAACGAAAAGCCUCGUAAUGCCGGCUCUUUGAAAAGACCGGAAGAGAAGAUCGCGGUCACAGGGUCAUCAGCAGUCAUACAUACUACAUACGGCGACAUAACGGUGCGUCUCUUCCCGGAAGCGGCACCCAAGUCCGUGGAGAACUUCGUAACGCACGCGAAGAACGGAUACUACAAUAAUGUUAUCUUCCACCGCGUAAUCCGUAAGUUUAUGAUCCAAACCGGCGAUCCGCUCGGUGACGGUACGGGUGGUGAGUCCAUCUGGGGUCGUGAAUUUGAAGACGAAUUCUCAAGCCUGAGCCACGAUAAGCCGUACACACUUAGCAUGGCCAAUGCAGGUCCAAACACGAAUGGCUCGCAGUUUUUUAUCACCACGGAGAAGGCGCAUUGGCUGGACAACAAGCAUACGAUUUUUGGGCGUGCCGUGCAGGGGCUAGAUGUGGUACACAAGAUUGAGAAUACGAAGACGUAUAAGGAAAAGCCGGAGGACGAUAUCAAGAUCAUUAGUAUCUCGAUUUCAUAG